AUGAGAGAUCUGAAAAAUGUAAAGGUGGCCUCAAAUGACUCCAGAGACAUGCUACCCGUUCAGGAGGAUGCAAAAAGAGAGUUAGCUGAGGAACUAUCCAAAAUAAAGGUGGCAGAAUCAGAAGAUUUCACUAAGCCAGUAUAUUUUCCAUUUCAUGUCAACCGCAACGGUCACUUCAACGUCGAUGACGACGACGAUGACGACGACAACAACAACUUUGAACCCCACUCAGGUGGGGGCUUUGAUCUCAUCUCGAGUCAUCAUCAAAGCUCUGGUGAUAUGGCCUCACGCUGCCCUAGAGGCCGACCACCUGGCUCAAUGAACAAGCCAAAGUCGUCGAUGAUCAUCACACGAGAGAGCGCAAACACUCUCUGGGCCCACAUCUUGGAGGUCGGAAGUGGCUGCAACGUCUUUGACUUUGUCGCCACCUAUGCCCGGAAGCGGCAGCGUGGGAUUUGUGUCCUCAGCGGAAGCGGCAUCGUCACCAACAUCACGUUUUGGCAGCUCACCGUAGCCAGAGUCGUGGUGACCCUCCACGGAUGGUUCGAGAUAAUUUUCCUUUCGGGAUCGUUCUUGCCCUCGCCUGCGCCACCAGGCGCCACCAACCUCACGGUAUUCUUGGCCGGUGGACAAGGUCAGGUGGUCGGUGGGAAUGUUGUUGGAGCCCUAAUUGCAGCCGAUCCGACCAUUGUGAUAGCUUCCUCUUUCACGAACGUGGCAUAUGACUCAUUUUUUGUUACAUUUUACUCAUUUCAUGUUAUGCAAUAUAUCAUUUUAACUACAUAG